UCCAAUCCCUAUACGUGGUCCGUCUUCCCUCCAAAAACCCAAGCUCGCCAUGGCCAUGGCCAUGGCCUCUACCUCCUCCUCUCUCGCCAGCCUGAACUACCCCCAUUUUGUACCCACCAAGCUCGUCCCCCAUUCCAAACCCUUCAAGCUUCCCAUACCAGCGAGAGCUGACGCCGCCGCGGCCACCCCCGGCACGACCCAGGCGGAGCUCCGGCCGGACUCAAAGAACGCGCCCGCGCUCUCCGCGGAGAUAUGCCGUCUCGUGCGUGCGGGACGAUUCCGCUCCGCGCUCUCUCUCCUUGACCAUCUAUCCCACCGCGGCGUCCCCGCGAGCCCCUCCGCCUUCACCGCUCUCCUGUCCGCAUGCCGCUCCCUGGCCCACGCCCGCCAGAUCCACGCGCACCUCCGUGUCCACGGCCUUGACUCCAACGAAUUUCUUCUGGCCAGGCUCAUCGAGCUCUACCUUACGGUCGGUGCCGCCGACGACGCCCGCAAGGUGCUCGACGGUUUGCCUCGGGCCAGUGCCUUCUCCUGGAACGCAUUACUCCACGGGCAUGUUCGCCGUGGCCGAGGGGAGGCAGGGAAUGCUGUUGCAGGCGAGUUUGCAAACAUGCGCGCUGCUGGGGCCAACGCCAACGAGUACACAUACGGGUGCAUCCUCAAGUCCAUCUCUGGGAGUGCCAGGCCAUCGAUGGCUAUGGCUACUGCCACACACGCAAUGCUGGUCAAGAACGCAUUUGCAGGUGCGCCAGGUAUGCUGAUGACUGGUCUCAUGGAUGUGUACUUCCGGUGCGGGAAGGUGAAGCUGGCAAUGAUGGUCUUUGAGGAAAUGCCAGAGAGGGAUGUGGUGGCAUGGGGCGCAGCGAUUUCUGGGUUCGCACACAAGGGGAUGAAGAGGGAGGCGUUGGAGCAUUUCCGGUGGAUGGUGGACAACGGGAUCAAGGUGAACUCAGUGGUGCUCACCUCGAUCGUGCCAGUUAUUGGCGAUUUACGUGCGCGCAACUUGGGUAGGGAGAUUCAUGGCUUGGUGCUCAAGAAGUUUCCAGACCGUAAAGAUGUAGCAAAGAUCCAUGCAGGGCUGGUAGACAUGUACUGCAAGUGUGGCGAUUUGGCCUCUGGGAGGCGAGUAUUCUAUAGCACCAAGAAGAGGAAUGCUGUCUCAUGGACAGCCUUAAUGUCUGGGUAUGCAUCCAAUGGGAGGCCAGAUCAGGCUCUGAGGUGCAUUGUUUGGAUGCAGCAAGAAGGAAUCAGGCCAGAUCUUGUUGCGGUGGGUACUGUCCUCCCAGUAUGCACAAAGUUGCGGGCAUUGAGCGAGGGGAAAGAAAUCCAUGCAUAUGCUCUGAGGAGGUGGUUCCUGCCAAAUGUCCCAUUAUGCACUUCCCUGAUCACCAUGUAUGGUGCAUGCUGUCAUUUGGAUUACUCUCGCAGGGUGUUUCAUGUUAUGGACAAGAAAACUGUACGGGCUUGGACUGCAUUGGUUGAUGCUUACCUAAAGAAUGGAGACCCUUCAACUGCUAUUGAAGUGUUUAGAUCAAUGUUGCUGUCCAACCGUCGGCCUGAUGCUGUUGCCAUCACCAGGAUGUUGAGUGCCUACUCUGAUAUUGGGGCAUUGCAACCUGGCAAGGAAGUUCAUGGUCAGGUGUUGAAGUUACGGAUGGAACCUCUCCCGUUAGUUGCUGCGGAACUUAUAAACAUGUAUGGCAGGUGUGGGGAUCUCAAGGGAGCACAGAGGGUGUUCAAUCGCAUAGAGUCCAAGGGAUCCCUGACUUGCACUGCAAUAAUAGAAGCUUAUGCAAUCAACCAGCGACACAAGGAGGCACUCGAUCUCUUUGCAUGGAUGCUGUCAAACAAAUUUGUCCCAAAUAAUGUCACCUUCAAUGUGGUUCUGAGAAUCUGUGAUGCAGCAGGAUUGCAUGAUGAAGCUCUUGAAAUUUUUGACUCCAUGGUGCAAGAGUACAACCUGGAAGCAUCUGAAGAGAAUUAUGACUGCAUCAUCCGCCUUCUUACGGGUGCUGGCAGGACUUCUGAAGCUCAGCGGUUUGCUGAUCUGAAAGGAAAGAAAUAAAGGAGGAAUUUCAGAUAAAACUUCAUUGAUGUGAUAUCUGUAUCUUCUACCCUGGUCUUCUGGAUUCAAUUUCAUUUUGUAUUGCUGCUUCUCACCGCU